AUGGAACAGGGAUUCACCGAAUGGGUGGUCCUCGAGUACUGUCAGAUAAUCCGUGAUAUUGGCAAGAACAACCUCAUUUUGACGUCACUUCCAAAGGGCACCACAGACCAAGAUAUUCCGCAACCUUUGAGAGACUUAGGCCUUGUAUGGACCACUAAAGAGGUCAACGAUUAUGUGGAUGUUUCCAGAUCCAAACUCUGUCUUCUGGACCCCCGUGCAGAGAUUGACUUGCAGACCAGCGACAAAGAGAGCUUUGAUUAUUUCAUUUUCGGAGGCAUUCUCGGUGACCACCCGCCUCGAGACAGAACUUCCGAGCUGAAGAAGAAACUGGAAUGCGACACAAGACGCCUAGGCAAUCUACAAAUGACCACCGACACUGCUGUGCGCACCACAAAAAUGAUCCUGGAAGGUACUCCGUUUGAGAAUAUUGAGUUCAUUGAUUACCCUGAGAUCCGGUUUAGCAAGCACGAGGCGACCGAGAUGCCAUUUAGAUAUGUGCUGGAUGAAAACAAGGAGCCGAUUUUGCCGGCAGGAAUGCUAGGUUUGAUCAAGAAAGAUUCAGAGAAAACGUUAGACGACUUCUUCUGA